AUUUUCCUUUUUUUUUGGGGAGCUCUCAAAUAACGGCUCGAUACUUAACCCUUCUGCUUCCGCCGUUCUGACACUUCUGCACUCUCAUCCGCACUCUUUCUCAAACAGCAUUAUCACAAAAAUGUCCGCAACAAUAACCCGCCUAGGUUCCGCCCGAGCCCUCUUUGCGCGAAAGACGGUCCUCUCCGGAAGCCUGGCGCCUACACUCGCCGCUCGGUCUAUGGCUAGCGCUACAAAGACAAAGUUCGACUGGAAGGAUGCGUUUGAUUUGAACUCGCAGUUGACGGAGGAGGAGAGGGCUGUUCGUGAUUCUGCCCGCGACUACUGCCAGUCGAAGCUCAUGUCGAGGGUCAUUGAGGCCAACCGUCAUGAGAAGUUCCACCGCGAAAUUAUGAGCGAAAUGGGCGAGCUAGGCCUUUUGGGCGCAACGAUCCAGGGGUAUGACUGUGCGGGCGUCUCAUCGGUCGCGUACGGCCUCAUUGCGCGUGAGGUGGAGGCUGUGGAUUCGGGCUACCGGUCGGCUAUGAGCGUGCAGUCGUCGCUUGUGAUGCACCCUAUCUAUGCGUAUGGGACGGAGGCGCAGAAGGAGAAGUACCUGCCUAAGCUUGCCAGAGGCGAACUAGUCGGCUGCUUCGGCCUCACCGAGCCCAACCACGGCUCGGACCCUUCCUCUAUGGAAACCGUUGCCAAAAAGGUGGACGGGGGCUACGUCAUCUCCGGGUCCAAGACAUGGAUCACCAACUCGCCCAUCGCUGACGUGUUUGUCAUCUGGGCCAAAUGCCUCGACGACGGCAAGAUCCGUGGGUUUAUUCUCGAGAAGGGUAUGGAGGGGCUUACUGCUCCUGUAAUCAAGGGGAAGUUCUCGCUGAGGGCGAGCACGACGGGGAUGAUUAUGAUGGACGAGGUGGCGGUGUCAGAGGAGCAGCUGCUGCCGAAUGUGUCCGGGUUGAAGGGUCCCUUCGGCUGCCUCAACAACGCGCGCUACGGCAUCUCCUGGGGCGCGCUCGGCGCCGCCGAAGCCUGCCUGCGCCAAGCCGUCGACUACACCACGCAACGCAAGCAAUUCGGCACGCCGCUGGCCUCGUUCCAACUCAUCCAGAAGAAAUUCGCAGACCACAUGACGGAAAUCACACUGGGACUGCAGGCGUCGUUGCGGGUGGGCCGGCUGAAGGACGAGGGCAAGUGGCACCCGGACAUGGUGUCGAUCGUGAAGCGGAAUAACUGUGGGAAGGCGUUGGAGAUUGCGAGGCAGUGUCGUGAUGUUCUGGGCGGCAAUGGAAUAUCAGACGAAUACCACAUCAUCCGCCACGUCAUGAACCUCGAAGCGGUCAACACCUACGAAGGCACGCACGACAUCCACGCGUUGAUCCUCGGGCGCGCCAUCACGGGGAUCCCAGCCUUCCACACCGCUGGUAGUCAAUAAGGAAUAGAAUCCCCAGUCGGACACAUCUUCGAAUGUAGAAUAGCGAGAACACACGACGAAUGGAAACCCCCCAUUCUUUUUUUUUGUUGAUUUGGCAUGGGGCCAGGAUAGAUAGAACAAGUGGGACGUUUUUUUGUUUUUAUUGAUCUUCAUCCGUUUUCAUCAAAAUCCCCAUUUUGUUUUCUGAUACCUCAGAACGCCCGCCGGUCAGAGAAGGGUAUAUAUCCGGUGGGAAGAUCGGGAGUUGGAACGAUAUGUUGGAGCUCGAUUCAUUUUCAUGUAUGACAUGACAUGGGGCAGGGGUUAUAUUGAAAUUGUAUGAAGUUGUACAGGUGUAGCGGUAUAGUUCUACUUUAAGAGGAACGGACGGGACGAU